CAGGACUUUAAAGACAUGAUUUCUGUCGCAGUUAGCGGUGGCACAAAACCUCUAAUAGACACUGUCAGGAACAAGCUCUUGACACUAGGAAAACAAAACUUGACUGAUUUAGGUGCCAAUAAAGUGAGAGAUAAGAUCUGGAAUAUGUCAAGGUGUAUGGCGAAAUAUGAUGUGCCGUUUUUGAAAUAACUGAAAAAUAUCAUUGACUCUUUUUUUGUAUGCAGCUGUUUCUUUUCUAAUUUUAAAAAGACUAUUCCAUUGUAAUUCUUUUUUUAUUUAAAAUUAACCUGAAAAAUGUGCAUGAUUUUGCACAUACUUUGUAAAUAGAUUUUUAUUACUUUUACAAUCAUCUCUAUUUUGCAAUUACUUAGAUAAUCAUUUUCAAAUCAGAUGUAAAUUUUUGAUUGACUAGUCACCAAAAAGAAAGUAUAAAAAAAUCACUAAAUAGUAAAAAAAAUUUUUAUUUAAAAGCAUAUCUGUGAUAAAUCAUUUUGAAUAAUCUCUGAUUCUGUUAAAUCAUUUGUACUUGCCCAGGGUUUAUUGUUGCCCUGGGCCUUACAUUAAUUUAUUUAUUCCAAUCAUUGUUGACACUUAAAUUUUUUCCCCUUACAUGAAUACCGGCCUCAUCAUGGCGAAGGGGUGAAUUUUCAGCAACCAGAGAGUGCACACUAUCAGGCGAAGUAAUCCCCUUACUGACAAAGAACGCUUUGUGCAGACAAUUUUCCAUACAGCUUCCUUGAGAGAACUAGUUACUCUGUAUGUUCGCCAUUGCAUGUUGACUGAACAAGAACCAAGCCCAAAAGGAUUCUUCCAGCACACUGCUGAUGAUUAUUCCAAGGACAGUCGACCAAACUUUAAAUACUUGAUGGACCAGGUCUGUAGAUUUUCGCAAGGUAUAGUAAACUUCAGGAUGGCUGUUAGGAGAAAUAAUGCAAGCUUGCUCCGCAGUGCCAAGUAUAUGACAAAAGAAUUAUUCUAUGCCAGACCUCAUCCAAAAUACCAGAACAUUGAACUUCAUGAUAUUCUGCAGGAUUUAAUGAUGCCGGAGGAAGUUAGAAAACUGAAUGAUAAUUAUUGUUCUGUUACAACAAGUGGUAAUAACUAUGAUAACUGAAAUCAGUUAUCAUAAGCCUCUUCACUUGCUAUUUAAUAACUUAACCGAGUUAUAAAUUUAAUAACUUAAAACAGUUACUUCUGUUAACAUAAGACUGUUACUGCUUCAUCAUUGGGGAAUUUUUCUGGAAAAUUGGGAAUCUUUUGGUCAGUUUGGAAAAAAGACAAUAUUUCAGUUUAAGAAACAGUACUGUUUAACUUCUUGUUGGUAUUUACUUGUAGUAUUAACUUAUCAAAUCUUUGUAACUCUGUUCAGUUAUUAAACAUACAGAGGCAAGCUGCAAAACUUAAUAUGUUUGUAGUUAAGUAAUUAAAACAAGACCCCCCCCCCAUAUUUAUCUCUCGGGGAAGACAUGGAUUUUCUUCUGGAAGAAAAGAACAAACAGCUUAAGUCUUGGCUACCAAAGGGUGUGCCAUCUGAUACCAUAUGGCAGACUGUGUGCCGAAAUAGUAAUAUUUUGGAGAAUGUUGAGAAACAAACCUACUCAUUGUUUGGUAUCAGUACAGAUCAAGGUGCAGUAAGUCAUUUGGACGUAGAAAGUGGCAUCAAAGUUUUCCAGUGUCAUCUUCGCAAAAGUAACUACAUAUCUGCAGUUGGGGCACAUAUGUCUGUAAGUGAAAAGGCUCUAGAUGAACAUUUUGUUGAUUUUCUGACAGAAUCUAAUAUAAAGCGCAAGCAUAAAAUAAGAAAAGAUGUUUUGUGUGAAGAUAUCCCAGAAAACACUUUGUUACGCCAACCAGUUCCAGUAACACCUGAUGAAAGAAUGAAGAUCUUCAGUUUGGACCGGCUAACUAUUUCAGAACUGAAUUCUGAAAUAAUGAAAGAUUUAGAACUAAUUCAAGAUUCACUUUACCGAGAUUUCUAUAAUGAACUGUUUUUGACCGAGGUUAAACAUGCUAAAGGGAAAAAGAAGGAGAAGUAUGUGUCAUUCCUACAAGAUUUAAGGGAUGCAAUGGACCUUGUAAACGAGUCAGAUGAUUAACAUGAAAAUGGAGCGCUUUCACAGGUAUUACCUGCAUGAUCUGAUUAUGAUGGAACAAUGCUGUCGCUGAAGUAACUUGCCAUGCCAGUAGAACCUUGCUUUUAUCAUUAUUAUAUAAAGUUUCUUAAAUGCAUGUUGGAAAUUUAACUUGAACUGGUACAUAAGCAUGCUUAGAUUAAGUUUUUGAAAAUUUGCUAUAUUGGACCAUGCUUUCAUUGUAGCAGGAACAUUUUCUGAACAUAAUGAGGCAAUAAUGAAUACUCCAGUUAGGGUUCAGAGUUACAAUCACAGAGCAUAUUUUUGAAAGAAUUAUGGCCCCUUUAUGAUAAUCUGAAAUUUUAUUGUUUUAAAUUUUGGAACAGUUAUUUUACAGUACAAGCUGACUCUGCACAUCAAAUACCAUAAUUCUAUAGAAUACAGUUAAGUCAUUACAGUUAAGUGUCUAGUUGGUACUCGGAUCUACCAUCUUUUCUUAAUAUACAGAAUACAGAUUUCAGAGUAUGUAUACAUAUUUGUCACUGUAAAACAAACAGUAUUAAUUUAAAUCAUAACAAGAGCUGUCCGUAAGACAGCGCGCUCGACUUUUUUAUUGCUUGCCAAUAAAAAAAGUUUUUGCAGUAAAAGGCAAUACAAGAAUCUCUGUAUUUUUAAAGUGAACUAGUUGUUUGAUACCCUUGAAUAUUACAGCAAUGUUUAUAUGACAUAAUUUAUGGUAAAAGUGAACAAGUGGAUAGGAAUGAAUUUUUUUUAGAUUUUUUUAAGUUUUUUAGUGCUUGCCUAUAAUACAAAACAUUGACAGUUAAGGGCCAUAAUUUCAAAUAAAAUCUUUGACAGAAUUACCUUCUCCUGGACAUGUUUGGGAAUCAUGAUUGUAAACAAGUAUUCCAACUUUCAAAUUAAUAUCUCAAACAGUUCAGUCAAAAAGUGGACUGGUACUAAAAAACUUAACCAAGAUUCUAAGUCGAUAAAAGGCCUUAAUUUUUAAAACAAAUCCUUGACAGAGUUACCUUCUCUUGCGUACAGAUGGGGUAAUGAUGUGAAAUAGCAUUAAAAGUUUCAAAGCAAUAUCUCAAAGGGUUAAGGCAAUAAGUGGAUUUUACCCAUAUUCAAUGUAUUUUCUAAGUCAAAAAAGGGGCAUAAUUCUGUCAAAAACCUUGACAGAGUUAUGUCCUCUUG